UUAGCAUAAUACCAAGCAUUCGGGAAUUCAUUCAGUUUGUUCUUUAGUUUAUCAAUUAAAAUCUUUAUAAAACACCAAAGACAAAAUGUCCUUUAUGAAAGGUAGAGCUCCCGUACGCCGUACACUGGAGUACUUGAAUGCUGGACGUUUGGUUCUGAAGGAUAAAGUGAAAAUCUUCAGUGUUAACUAUAAUACCUACGGUGAGCAUCAUGAUGGUGCCCGUGAUUUUGUUUUUUGGAAUAUACCCCAGGUUCAGUAUAAAAACCCUGCAGUCCAAGUUGUUACCUUUAAGAAUAUGACACCCUCACCAUUUGUUCGUUGUUAUUUUGAGGAUGGUCGUGAUAUUCUAAUAGAUAUCGAUAGCAAGAAUCGCCAUGAAAUUAUGGACCAUUUGAUGAAGGUUGUCGGCAAAACGAAAGAACAAUUGGAUGCCGAGGCACGUUUGGCCGAGAGUAAAGAUAAUCCUGCCAACUUUGGUCACGGCUGUAAUCGCCACUGCAUUUGUGAAAUACCCGGCCAAGUACCAUGUCCAGCAUUAGUUAAAUUACCCGAUCAUAUGCGUGGCAAACACAUAUUUGCUCCUAAAUAAACUGUGCUACGUUUUUCAAAACAUUUAAA